ACUGAUCUGGAGCUUGUUGCCCAAUCUAUUAUCUUUCUGUUUGCCGGCUAUGAGACCACUAGCAGUUCUCUUUCUUUCCUUAUGUAUUUGCUGGCCACUCACCCCGAUGUGCAGCAGAAAUUGCACAAGGAGAUUGAUGCAACGUUUCCCAACAAGAUUCAAGUGGGCUGGGAGAUAUGGAGACUACAUGGAUAUUGGGUGAGCAGUGAUGUCUCUACCAAGCAACCCUAUGAAGUGUCAACUCUAAAUAUCUCCAUGUAACAUAUCAGAAAACUGAGAGGCAACUCCCACCUAUGAUGCCCUGGCACAGAUGGAGUAUCUUGACAUGGUGAUGAAUGAAUCCCUCAGACUAUUCCCAAUUGCUGGUAGACUUGAGCGGGUCUGUAAGAAGGAUGUGGAAAUCAAUGGGGUGUUCAUUCCCAAAGGAACAGUGGUGAUGGUGCCAAGCUAUGUUCUUCAUCUAGACCCGACAUACUGGACAGAGCCGGAGGAGUUCCAUCCUGAAAGGUUUAGCAAGGAGAACAAGGACAGGAUAAAUCCUUACAUAUACACACCCUUUGGAAAUGGACCCAGAAACUGCAUCGGAAUGAGGUUCGCUCUCAUGAACAUGAAAAUUGCUCUCGUCAGAGUUCUGCAGAACUUCUCCUUCAAACCCUGCAAAGAAACACAGAUUCCUGUGGAGCUAGAUUUUCAAGGAAUUAUUCAACCAAAAAACCCCAUUAUUUUAAAGGCUGAGUUGAGAGAUGGGACUGUAAGUGGAGCCUGACUUUCCCUAAGGACUUACACUUUGUUCUUCAAGGAAGUCAUAUCCCCUGACACCAGAGAUCUCAGUGUACUUUGUGAAUAAAAAAAACAGAAAUGAAGAUGGGCUUAACUUACUGCACUUGAUGGAUGACUAGAGAGUCUGUACAUUCACUUAUCUUCUCAGUGUCUAUACAGAGUAUUACAUAUUGUGUUAUUAUAAGAGAGGUGACUAAAUAAGUAGAUCAAGCUUAUUGGGUUCUUACAAUACUAUCUCCAUCUAUUCCCACUUAGUAUCAUCUACUUACUUAGUACUAAUCAUGAAUACAAAUUUCUCUAUAAUUUUAUCGACAAACUUUAAUGAAAACAAGGAUCAUUGUGGAAAUGGCAAUAGUGACAUUUAUAUCACGUUUUAUUUUGAAUAUUGUAUAUUGUAUAUUAUAUUGAGCAACUCAAUAAACAUCUCUUCAUAAUA